AUGCCAGCUUUCAUCAAACGGCGAUUCUACGAAUGCAAUGCCACCCAGUGCCAAAUCGACGUUCGUGGAAUUUGGGUUUCGGACACGGCCGCUCGUGCGGCAAGCGUGCCAGGCAACCCGUUGAUGAAGUUCGGGGCAUUCAAUGGGCCGUUCCAGCAGCCCGAGUUUCAAGCUUGCUUCAUGCUGCUGUGCACAGUCCUGGAGGGCCUUUACAAGGUCGACGGCCGUUCGGUGCUGCAGAUUAUCUGCAGCCAUGGCAAGAACAGGUCGGCCGUUCUGGCCGUUUCUCUGUCGGCGGUCUUUCGUGUGCCUUGCUGGUUGCCAAGCUUUGGCGAUGCACACGAUGAGUGGUGGUGCGUGGCCAGUCUGCCGCCGGACGUCAUGACCCAACUGGAGGCCUUUCGCAAUGAGUCGAGGGGCCUACCGGCCAGGCCACCGGCUACCGGUACGGGCGUUCCGGGACCUCGCACUCCGCCCGGCGGGAUGUACGUGGGUCACGGGACGUUCGAUCCUUCCGACCUGGUGGGUGCAAUGCCUUCGGUAGGAAAUCCGCUGCUCGAUGCCGUUCGACUGGACGUUUGGCGUGUGGCACCCGGGGUCCUUCUGGAGCUGGACGAGCUACGGCUCGAUGAAAAAUGCAUGCGGGCGGUCGGCAACUUGGCAGGGCACAGCACGGACGGUGCGAAGUUCGUGAGGGAGAUUUUCCAGGUGCUGCAGCGCGAGAACACGGAUCUCGCCACGUACUCGAACCCGUCGGCCGCCAUCACGAGUGCCUGCCGAAAAGAGCUGGACAGGCUGCGGCCCGAAAUUGCGGGUCUGCCGGGAUCCUCUGGUCGCUCGGAUUUAAUAUAA